CGAAAAGUUUGCGCGAUGAGUGUGAGCAGCAACCAGGACUGCAAAAUAAAGAACUCCUGUUCACCAAUAAUAUUUACAUCGGUGGAAAUCGCUACGAGCACCGACAGCGGAACCGGCGGAUCCGUGGUGCUCGGGAAUCCAUCGACCGUCUAUGUCGAACAGAAGAGGAUGAUGGGUCCACUGGAUAAACCGAAAAGUGCAUCGAAUGAACAGAAAGAGGAACUAGUUAAAAUAUUCGAGGAAUACAACCAGCAGCCUAAAACGGAAAGCUCUGAAACGGAUUACAAGGAAAGGCAGCGGUUUUGGAUAGAGGCAACACAUCGAUUAAACAGUGUUCCUGGCGGUACAUUGAAGUCCACAGCCAAAUGGGUGAAAUAUUGGGCGGAUGUUAUUAUCAAUCUCAAGAGGAAGUGUCGGCUUGUUGUGGAAGGCAGGUCCAAGAAAAUCGGACCGAAUCCAUUGGAGGUACGCAUUUUAUCCGCAGCCAAUUGCUAUGAUGUCUUAGACCAGUGGACGAAAGCGCUUGGUUCAGACGGGAUGAUGAGUCUGGAGAGUAAUGUAAGUACUGAUCACGAGGAAUAUUUCCCAGAAGACAGUGGAGUCCAGAAAGAGGAAAUUGUUAUCGAACAUUAUACCGAUGAUCCACUGGAUGAGGAAUUUGUUGCCAGCUUCUCUAAGCCGGUCGUGACCGAACACGCACAGGAAACCAUAACUACAGAGCUGGAAAUACGAAAACCAACCGUCGAUGAAUUGAAAACCAUGAAUACGACGGCGACGGUUAUCCCGCAGAACGCCGAGUACGUCGAAGUGACGGCAUCCGCCCUAGAAGGCACCAGUGAAUUCCUCAAGCCGAAGCUGAUCCGUCCGUCACACGAACGGUUGCGGGAAGAUCUCAAGCGCACCUCGGAGAAGCUUGAAUCGGUGAUGAAAAAGCGGCGCCUGGAUGACUCGAAAUUUGCCAUCGCCCACGCCCUGACGAACAUGUCGGCAGCGAUGCUGCAGCUCUCCAACGGGCUUAACGAUCUGGCGAACGCACUCACCAACGAUGCAAUGUAAGGGUAAGCUCUAGUAUGUAAGCAAACUGUGUCUCUUCUUACCCAAAUUGUGGUAAUUUUAGGCGAUAAUAUAUAUACAGUAAUCCGUAAACACUUUUUGCUUUGCAGUGACAGCUUUUGUUUAUUUAUAAUCACCUAAUAUAGGAAAAAUGUUUAAAUCAGUGUCGUAAUAUAAGCUGCACGAUGUCAUACGUAUAGAGCCCCGCUCUCAAAAACAAGGUUUAUUUCUAACCGUUUGUCCACUGCAACGCCAGCGGGUCCUUUUUUUUAUUUCAAAAACACAAUUAAAAACUCGUUUUUUGAUGUGGAACUUCCCCGCAAAAUAGGCAGCCUGAUUGAGCUGAAAUUUUAUUAAAACCUCUUUUAUCCUUUUGUUUCCUUCACUUCAAAUAUGAUAUUUCAUAUACGAACACUGAUUCGCUCUUAGCUUUGAGUAAUCUGAUUGAGGAACAAUGACACAGAAUAUAGGAAACCAGACUUUAGUUUAAAAUCACUGCAACUGUAGUUUUAAUGAUAAAAUAUA